ACGAGUUUAGGCCUUUUGCAAUGAAAGGUAUCGCCAAACUCGUAAUUUUGUUUUUUGUUUCUACUUUCAUCAAAAGAGGAGAUUCAAGAGGUUGUAUUCCGCACGUGAUUGAGAAUAUAUCAACAGACAUAUGUUCCUCUGAAAUAUCAAUAAAAUGGAAGCCUCAUACUGCUGGAAUUCCCUACACAAUCACCAUCCGUCCAAUCAACAACAGUUUAUCAUUAAAAUAUGAAGAUACAACUGUUCCAAAAAGCACAACGUUACAAGUUUUGCGUGUUCAGUUAAGCGAAAAUACUGAAUAUGAAUUGGACAUUACAGGUUGCCCAACACGAACUUUUGUAACAGGGAAAGAUAUAAAUCCACCCUCUGGAAUUCUAUAUCCGCAGUUCCAAAAUAUGGGACUUGGGAAAUUGUGCAACGUUCAAACUGUUACGUUAUCAAAUGACUUUGACAGCCUAAGAAUUACGGUAACAUCCAGUCCUCGUCGUAAGUCUUUACGUCUAAAUGCUCCAGCACCUAAAGAUCAGAUACGAGUAUUCAAUGCUACACGUGAUGAUAGAAGUUUUCUUUUUACAACCGAGCCCAAUAAAGUUUACAAAUCUUUUGUACGAGCAAUUAAUUGUGGAGGACCGGGUCUGUCCUACAGAGCGGAAGGAUUUUGCAAAACUGAUAGCGCUGUUCCAGAGGCUGUUUCAACUCCUGUGCUGAUAUACAGCAGCAGCGCAAACGAACUGUAUAAAAUUAAAUUGUAUCCGGCAAAUGAAACCAACGGCCCAGUAAGCUGUUACUUCAUUCUUGUACACGGUCAUCAUAAUUCGGAGACAGAGGCAAGCAGCUUGCCAAGUGUUUUUGACACUGAAAGCCCAUUUUCUAGCAAUCACAAUAUUGCAAAAUCAAGGAAGGAAUUCCCUAACGAUGUCACGUACAUUGCGGCUGCAAUACCGAGCCAAAAAAUGAAGACACCUUAUAUAGAAGUUAAUCUUGGAGAUAAUUCAACCACUGCUUGCGACGCAAUGAGUGUUCUCAGACCAGAUCCAUUAAAAAUACCUGACACAGAAAAUAUAAAACAACAUAUCUUUGAAGGACAGAAUUUUGCGUUACCGAGAAAUAUGACUUUUAGGUUUGCUGUUGUUUUAUCGACGCCGAUUUCAUUGCCAGAUGGAGUAGCGUACAAAGCAAGCCCUGUUGUCUUGUUUCAGACCGCUGCAACCAAACACACGAUGAUUGUUAAAAAUACACUACUUUCCGAAAGGAAUACGACGACUGUGGUUAUCACUACAUCCCCAUCUACAUUCACUACUGGAUUAGUUGUGGGGAUCUUAGUGUUUGUUAUCGCUGCGUUCGUAAUAAGUAUCAUAAUUACGAAAAAGAGAAAACGUGCACGAGGAAGACAGCAAAAAAGCAAACCCAAUACGAUAUAUAAUGCACCGUCAACAGUAAGAAAAACAGACGACCGUUUCCGGCCCGAAUUGCCAAAUCUACCAGUUGCUGUGGAACAAUCACGUUCUACUGAAGAUAAUAUGACGGUGGAAAUGAAAUCAUUCAGACCCACAGAAAAACAUCUUUACGCAAGCAUGAAACCAGUUCCAUCUCACUCGUAUGAAAAUUUAGGUAAAGCAUGUUCCAGUCAUUAUGAAAUACCACUAUCUCCACAAGAACGCUUGGAACACAAUUCGGGAUUUCCCUUAACUGUACAUUGCUAUGAUACUGUUUACGAAUCUAAUCAAGACGAGGAUUGCGAGUACUUCACCAUUGAUGCAUGAUUAUGAGAACUUUGCCAUUGACCCAUGACCAUAAAUUAUCUUGGUAGUUUUAAAACAGUUUGAAAAAAAUAUUCAUACAAAAUGAAGAUUAUGUACAGAGCAAAUGAAGAAUUGAUUAAAAUUUAUCGUAUUGAUUAGUGAAAAUUUUUUAUUUUUUAUCAUGCAUGUUCAUUAGGGUUACCAACAAGAUUAUGCAACAAUAUUAAAUCAUUGCGGGGUUUUAUGAUCUUUUCAAUUUCAUUCAAUUAUAUCACCACCAUCUUGAAAUUAUUGAAGAAUUGUGCUAACGCGAAUGCAUAUUGCCAAUCUGCUCACCAAGCUAAAUUUUAUUUAAAUGACCAUAUACCCUCAUGCAAUGGCCAUAUUAAUAUCAUGAAACUUUGCACAUUGAAAUAAAACAGGACACCCGGUCAUACACCUAAUGACCCGCCAAUUAUAAUACAUACGUGAAAUAAUUUUAUACAACUCCACAUUGUGGGUAAUUUCUAUUUGUUAUGAUAUCUAUUCGCCACUUAUUUGAGAAAAAUUGAACUGUCGUUAAUAGGAAAGUAACCAUUAACACAUACCAUUCGCACUAUCCGUUUACGUUUUUCCUUUUGCGUAUUUUCCCUUUGAAACGUUUGUGCCGCAAGUUAUGAAACACACAUCUGCCUAAUAGUUUUCUGCCGCCCUAACAGUGUUUAAAACGAUAGAAUGCAGAAUUUGAUGCUUCUUGCCAAGUUGGUUGUGAUUUCAUAUAUUACAAUUUAGACAUUUAAAUUGUUACAAACCUUAGUCGAAGAAGAUUCAGUUAAAAUAAAUUUAUAUGUAUGAUAAGAGUUUUAUGAUUUUAACGUGUUGUGCAGAAAAAUAAAUGCUUAUACAGAAGUUUAAUAAGGGAUUGUAAUUUAUACUGAUUAACACGUGAAUUGUUUG